GCAGUUAACAGGCAGUCCCUCCAGGACUUCUCAGGGUCCUGAUACCACAGCGUCCACUCUCUCUCAUCAAUCUAUCAUCCAGUAAUACUCACAAACUAUUCAACCUAAUGCAGCUUUUUUUACUGUAGAAAAACAAGAUCCUUUUAUUUUCAGUUGAUAAAUGACAACAAGUUAUUGCACUCAACAAGAAAGGUACAUAACACAAAUACUAGACCCAGACAACAACAACAACACAAACAAUCAGACUAGACAACAUACAAAAACAGAUAAUUAAAGAAACAACAAAGAACAAAACAAACUAAAGUUAUCAUCCUCCAUAUUAUAACAAUAUAAUAAUUUAAUGCACACAGACAAUGUAGAUAUAAUAAUAUAUAAUAAAGUUGCAAAACCUUUAGAAAUGAUUUUGGCCCGUUUUCUCCAAUAAACGCUCCCAACAGAGAAGAACCCUUUAUGUCUCCUUGGAGAACAUGUACGAGCCUUUCCAACGGGAGAACGUUAAGAAACCAACUUGAAACUGAUGGUUUGUCAUCGUCUACCCAGUGCUGUAGGACUGAUAACCGUGCACAGUACCAUGGAUGAGCAGCACUGCAGAGGGUUGAGCUCAAUAGGACGCCGUAUUACAGGUCACUCUCUGUGACCAGUUUCAACCCAAAUUUGAUGAACUUCGGACGGAGCGGCUUUGCAGCUUCUAAUCUCCCGUGUGUAGAGACGGUGAGCAGUCUGCUGAGGAUCCUGGUGACAUCUUGUGUCCACGUUGAUCCUUUUAUCUCCUCAGUCGGCCUCCCGGGCUCUCAGCUGCUUACAGCACAAGAGGAUUAGAGUUUCCCUGCAGGAUCAGAGCAGAGCAUCAGGCAGUGGAACCAGAGAAUGGAGCGUGGUGGACCGGUGGAGGCGUUCAGGCUGCUGCUGGUCUGCUGGCUGGUUGUCGGGCCGGUGCUGGCCCAGGCCCGCCACCCUCUGCCUGUGCUGUGGGUAAUGCCCGUCAGCUCCGGGUUGGGGAAGGAGAACCUGACCGCCGCUGUGGCACCGGCUGUCAAACUGGCUCUGCAGGAUCUACAGAGACAACCACCGCCGCUGGGAAACUACGAGAUCCAGCUCCAGCUGCUGGACUCACAGUGUGAUCCUGCUAAAUCACUCAAAGCUCUGUUUGAUGCCAUGUGGGCGGGACCAAAGUACCUGCUGGUGUUCGGAGGGGUGUGUCCAUCUGUGAUGGCGCUGAUUGCUCGCUCUCUGCCAGCUCUCAACCUGGUGCAGGUAUCUUUUGCGGCCUUGCCCCCUAGUCUGUCCAACAGGAAGUGGUACAGGAACCUGUUCAGCACAGUGCCGUCGGACCGGGCUCUGAACCAGGCCACAGUGAAGCUGCUGCAGCGCUACAGGUGGAGCAGAGUCGGUAUCGUCACACAGGAAGGACCCAGACUCUCAGAGAUGAAGAAGGAUCUGAUCAGACAGCUGCUGAAGGCUGAAGUCCAGGUUGUUUCCACAGAAAGUCUCUCUGAAGACGUCUGCAGCAGCGUGAAGAAGCUGAAGGUACUGACCCCCGUCGAUUAUUGUACGCACAGAUUUAGAUUUAACGCAGAGGUAGAAUCUGUUUAUGUCAUGAUGCCAAAUGAUUCCUUUAUUCUAUUACAGGAAAGUGAUGUUCGGAUCAUCAUCGCACAGUUUAAAGAGGAUUCUGCCUCUGAGGUUUUCUGCUGUGCCUACAGGCUGAACCUGUUUGGACCUCGGUACCAGUGGAUCGUUGCUGACGGAGGAACGUCUGGAUGGAGGCUGGGGUGGCAGGGUUCUGGCUGUACGGCCGACAGUCUGCUGACGGCUGCGGACGGAUCCAUCCGGCUGCAGAUGAAACAGCUCAGCAGCACGAACACACCGGGAGUCUCUGGACGGACUCCUCAGGACUACCAGGACUCCUACCUCAGACAGCUGAUCCAGGAGGGGUCAAAGGUCAGCGGCCUCCACGCCUUCGCCUACGACGCUGUUUGGGUCGCUGCCAAAGCUCUCAGUCAGGUGAUGGAGGCUGUGAAACACAGAGAGAAGUACAGCGUCCAGAGGAACGUCAGUGUCAGUGAGGAGGAGGUCCACAGGAUGCUGCUGGAGGCCCUGAAGCAGACGCAGUUUGAAGGAGUCACAGGUCCAGUUUCCUUUCGGAACGGAGACAGAAUGACGUCGAUGGAGCUGAUCCAGUUUCAAGGUGCUUUAAAUCAGCUGAUGCUCGUCUGUACAGGCAGCAUGUUAAUAUUAAUGAGUCUGUACAUUCACAACCUGUGUGUGUGUGUGUGUGUGUGUGUGUGUGUGUGUGUGUGUGUGUGUGUGUGUGUGUGUGUGUGUGUGUGUCUGUGUGUGUGUGUGUGUGUCUGUGUGUGUGUGUGUGUGUGUGUGUGUGUGUGUGUGUGUGUCUGUGUGUGUGUGUGUGUGUGUGUGUGUGUGUGUGUGUGUGUGUGUGUGUGUGUGUGUGUGUGUGUGUGUGUGUCUGUGUGUGUGUGUGUGUGUGUGUGUGUGUGUGUGUGUGUGUGUGUGUGUGUGUGUGUGUGUGUGUCUGUGUGUGUGUCUGUGUGUGUGUGUCUGUGUGUGUGUGUGUGUGUGUGUGUCUGUGUGUGUGUGUGUGUGUGUGUGUGUGUGUGUGUGUGUGUGUGUGUGUGUGUCUGUGUGUGUGUGUCUGUGUGUGUCUGUGUGUGUGUGUGUGUGUGUGUGUGUGUGUGUCUGUGUGUGUGUGUGUGUGUGUCUGUGUGUGUGUGUCUGUGUGUCUGUGUGUCUGUGUGUGUGUGUCUGUGUGUGGUGUGUCUGUGUGUGUGUGUGUGUGUGUCUGUGUGUGUGUGUGUGUGUGUGUGUGUGUGUGUGUGUGUGUGUGUGUGUGUGUGUGUGUGUGUGUGUGUGUCCUCAGGUAGCAGUGGUGUGUUGGUGGGAGACUUCAGUACUUCCACCCAACAGCUCCGACUGAUGAACCACCUGCUGAGGUUUAAAGGUCCAGGACCACCCAGAGACCGGACUCUGGUCCUCGUACAGCAGCAGCACAUCAGCCUCCUUCUGUACAGCGCCGUAUCAUCAGCUGCGUCUGUGACCAUCAUCAUCGCUCUGACGGCCCUCCUCCUCGCCGUCGUCAACCGUAAACGGCUGCUGAAGUCAGGCGGUGGAUCCCAGGACGAGCUGCUGCUGCUGGGCAUCCUGCUGUCCUCCUCCUCAGUCCUGAUGUCCGGCCUGGACGGAGCCUCGCUGUCCGACCAAACAUCUGAGGUCCUCUGUUCUGUUCGUCUGUGGACUCUCUCCGUGGGACACACUCUGGCCUUCGCUGUGCUGUUCACCAGAACAUGGAGGCUUCAUUCGCUCUGCAGCUUCACACAGACGCGAGCCGGCUGUGUGCUGCUCUGGAUGCUCCUGCUGGAUGUGUUUGUUUUAACCUCCUGGCAAAUCCUGGACCCCCUCAGACGGGUGGUGCUGCAGCAUAGCUUAGAGAAGGAUCCUGCUGAUCAGGACGUUGUCAUCCGACUGACCUCUGAACGCUGCAGCAGCGCCAACAUGGAGCUGUGGCUGACGGCUGUCUGCGGAUACAAAGGACCUCUACUGGGUCUCGGAUGUUUCGUGGCCUGGACCAUCAGGACCGCGCCGGCCGAUCAUCCCGCCGUCAGCAGUAAACACCUGACCCUGAGUAUGUUCGCUGUGACGGGGUUCAGUGUGGCAGGAGUGACGGGAUCCCUGCUGACGUCCCACAAUCCUCCUGUUCAGUUCUGUGUGACCGGCGUCCUCAUCCUCUGCUGUAACAUCUGCACCCUGAGCUGGUUGUUCGGACCAAAGGUUUUGUUUUUGUGUCUGAACGGCAGCGAGCUGCAGGGUGAAGCUGCAGAGGGCGACGACGGAGAACACGAAGUCGAGCAGCUGAGCAGGUUAAACCAGCAGCUGAAGAGUCAAACUGCACAGCUCGACGUAGAAAUAGAAACCAUCACCAUGCAACUCUCCGAGGAGUCAGCUCCUGACUCGAAGCCUCACAUGACGACAGAAACAAACAACGCAGGCGAGGUCAGAUCUGUGACGUGGACUCAUGUGGUUCAGGUCUGCUCUGAGGACAGAAGCUCAGAGAGGCAACUCACAAGUCCAGACAGCAUCAACUCUCCUGAACGUGUGCGGCGCCGGCUGUCCGUGCAGCUGCCCAUCCUCCAUCAUUCCUACCUGCCUGCCGUCGGUGGCGUCAGCGCCAGCAGCUCCAGUCUGUUCGGCAGCCGGGAGGCCUUCGUUUACGCCGAUGGCAACUUUGUGUACGACUGACGCCACAUUACUGCUCAACCAAUCAGACGGCAGCUGUGACUGACUGUAUUUAUUUCUAUAGACCAGGGGUCACCAACCUUUUUGAAACUGAGAGCUACUUUAUGGGCACUGAGUCAUACGAAGGGCUACCAGUUUGAUACACUCUUCUGAAAUAACAAAUUUGCUCAGUUUGCCUUUAGUUAUAUAUUAUUAUUAUUAUUAUUAUUAUUAUUAUUAAUAAUGAUUAAUGAUACUCAUCUAUGUGAAGACACUGAUCACGUUAAUGAUUUCUCACAAUAAUUAUCAACAAUGACUUUACAAGGUGGAAAACAGAUAAUAUCAAUAUUCAACACUUUAUUUCUAUUAAUCUCAGCAAAUGUUAAAAUUUUCAGAUGAUCACUUCUUAUAACAUUAGCCACUAAAACUUUUAACAAAUCAUGACCUAUGUUGCACCAUGUUUGAAAAAGUUAUCAAUUAUGUAAUGUUUAAGAAAAAUCAACUUUCAUAUUUUUAAAUAAAUCUUUUCACAUUUUGAACUAAUGAUCAAAUCUGCUGCAUUUUUAACAAAAUUAAAUCUGUUACAUUUCAUGGACACACUUUUGAAUUGAACACAAUGUUUCAAUAUUUUAAUUAACUUUGCCAUGGCACUGCCAUGUUGCCACUGACAACAUCUGGUAUCUGUUUCUUUGUUAGAGUGAAGACUGGCAGUGCAAGCUGUUCACCAGUGUAUCGUAAUCUGGUCGGCCAUGUUACCGGACAUAUGGUGCUAUCCAUUUGUCUCGUGAACUCGGAGCCGAGUUGUUCUGCCGCGAGAACGUGACGUCAUUGCCUGGCUUGUACCACUGAUAGCUCCAGUUUGUCUUUGCACAUUACGAGUCAGAAAGAAGUGCAGCAGCUGUGUUGUUAUUGUUUGUGGCUCAUCUAAACAAGCUCAAUGUGAAAUAAUAAUAAUGUUUUUCUACAGAAACAAACAUUUCAAGUAAUUCCGUUAUUGCAAGUCUUACAUUUCAAUAACAUUUUGCCAUUUUCGCCUAUUUAAAUUUCAACAAGUGCUGUGGCAUUUGUCUCGAGCCACCAGGGGCCACCAGGAGCCACCAGGGACCUCCAGGGGCCUCCAGGAGCCACCAGGGGCCUCCAGUGGCAGGCUAGUGUUAUUGUUAGCUACAUUAGCCUAUUUAGAAAACCAGCUUGAAAACAAAACUUUACAUUGUAUUGAACUCACAGCAACACGGUGCAAUGCAUAAACUGGUGACCGGACUAAAGCAGCAAUGUAAACAGUGUGUAGGAGCAUUUAAAAUCGUCAUUAAAACGACCAACGUAGCACAAAUACAAAGAACAUACAUCUCAAUAUGGACGCUGCCAUCUUUGUUUUGCGGGUCGUAUGUGCCCCCCCAUCCAGCUCGGUGAACCCUCAGGAACACCGAGCUGGACGUCUGAUAUUACGACCACAAGGGGGCGUGUCUCGGUGAAAUCUCGCGAGAUAGCUGCGAGAUUUACACUUUCCAACUCGGGUUCCAAGUUCACGAGACAAAUGGAAAGCACCAAUAGCCGACACUCGUCUAGCCAUCGUAGAUGCCCCCAGUUGGACAUCGGAGAGAGUGGAGAUUCGAUCAGUUCCAUUUUUCUCGUCUUUAAUUACAGUGUUAGCAAUUAUCAUCAUUGCUUCUUUGACUACUUCUCCGUCUGAAAAUGCCUUCUUCUUCUUCUUUAUCAGAAAAUGUGUAGCUCUAAACGAGGCUUCGGUUGCUUUUUGGGAGUCUGUCGCAGGCCUCGUGAAAAAAGACUGCUGCUUACCCAAAGCUGCCUUCAGCUCCCAGGCUAACCCGAUGGGUAGUUAGCGUGGUAGCCUUUGUGACACGUAAGGAAGUGUCUCUCCACAUUGUGCCACAGUCGCCACAGUCGCCUCAGUCGCCUCGCAAAUGAGACACACGCAGAUGUUUCUUCUCACAGUAGUAAAAAAUAACUCUUCCUCUCAUUCACUGUGAAAUGAUUUUGAGUUUUCUUUCUUUUUCUGCCGUGUUUUUUGGGGUAAGAAACCGCAUUCAGCUCCCCAUCUUCGCUGCGCCCGCGAACGCUGAAGUUUUGUCAUGUGCACAAUACUGACCUUUGACCUUUCCAACUUGUUGUGUUGUGCUAUUUUUAGAACAGGCCUGUGGGCGACUCAUGUGGUCCUUGGGGGCGACCUGGUGCCCGCGGGCACCGUGUUGGUGACCCCUGCUAUAGACGUAUAUGGAAAUAUAAAUGGGACCAUACAUACACAACAGU